AUGCGAGGUGGUGACGUCGUCAGCGGGGCGAGUGGAGGUCGUAUGCGUCGCACUGCUGCGCCCGCUCGCGCAGCACAUCGAAGCGGUGGAGCGCGAAAUCGCCGCGGGCGCGCACGUGGUGAUUAUGGACCCCCGCCAGUGCGCGCCGUACCACCGCCUGUUCCGCGCGCCGUUCGUGAGUAACGAGGACGCCGCCGCCGCCGCCGCCGCCAUCGCGUGGUUCUCCAAGGGCACUCUGCAACGAGUGCUACGCUUCAUAAACUCGCCCGCGCUACUGGAGCAAGCCGUGGCCAUCACACAGGAGAUCACGAGCCUCACCAAGUCCCUGCAGCGCAGCACGCAAGUCGACCUUCACGACGCUGCCUGCAUGCUUUCUGACAAAGCGCAGCUUCCAGGAGACCCCCCCAGUGGCCGCAGCAGCCGCCCCAGCUCCCCCUGCCGCGUCUCCCCGCAGCCCGUGCGCGCGCCACGGUCGUCGUCGCGCUCCUCGUCUCCCAUCCGAGAUCAGAUGCGGGCACUGGGGGAGCUCGAGACGGCAGAGACCAACGCCGAGCUAGUCGAGCGUCUCCGCCGGGGCGUGGAGGCGCGGCGCGGCAUGCUGAAGCGCGAGCGCGAGGUGGCAGUGGCGCGGUCGCAGGCAGCGGGCUUCACGGCGGACCACCUGCCGUCGCUGCUCGCCUUCACCGACUGCUUCGGCAUGCCGCGCUUCCGGUCCGCCUGCGUCUGUCUCUUCUCGCUGCUGCGUUUCCACCAAGAAAACGUCUCCCCGCGACCCAUGGCGCACGUCACGCCGACGCUGCCGGGAGACGUCGUCAUGCACACCCAGCGCCCCGCGUCCCCCGUCCCCGGCGGAAGCUCCUCCGCGCACGGGGGGUGGGCGCUAGCCACGCUCCUUGCUCAUCAAUACCAUCACGAGCGCCAGCGGUCCUUGUCGCCGCUACCUUCCUCUGCCUCUGGCGGUUCGCCUUCUGCGUGCGCGUCCUUCGGCACAUCUUCCGCCGCGUCUCCCGGCGCGUACUCGUACGCCGCGCAUCGCUCCCUGAUUGGUCGCGAUGACGUGGACUCGCUCGACGGGUUCUCGCUGCAGCACUCUGAUUCGCUCUCGUCGACGGCGUGCAUGCUCGGUGCGCUUGCGCCCAACAGCCCCCGCUACGGCGGCUCCCCCGUUUCCGCCUCAUCCGCCGCCACUGCGGCGGCGGCGGCGGCAGCUGUGGCGGCUGCGGCCGCUGCCGCAGCGACGGGUGGUCCCCAGUCCCCCCGCUCCGCUAUGUACGCGCAGAUAUUGGCGGGAGUGCGGCAGCAGCUGGCGGCGCAGGGAGCGCAAGGCGGUGGCGCGGCAGGCGGGGGAGGCAGGCUGGGCGGCGGGAUGCCGCCGAUGGGGGGAAUGUCGGUGCACGAUGUAGCUGCCGCCGCUGUCGCUGCUGCCACUUUAGCUAACCAGCAGCACCAGCAGCAACAGCAGCAGCAGCAGCAGCAGCAGCAGCAGCAGCAGCAGCAGCAGCAGCAGCAGCAGCAGCAGCAGCAGCAAGCAGUGGCGGCGGCGGCGGCAGCGGCAGUGGCGGCAGCAGCAGCAGGAGGCGGCGAUCUUCAGGCAAUUCUCUCAAAGAUCAUUCUGGCUUCGUCGGGCACGUCCCCGUCGCCGCCGCACGCGCUGCCACUGCUGCAGCAGCAGGCGCUACCGCAGCAGCCGCAGGCGCAGCAACAGGCGCAGGCGCAUCAGCUGUACUCCACGGGUCAACACGAGAUCGCGCACGUCCCCGCAACAGCAGUACACCCAACCGCCGCCGCCGCAGCCGCUACUGCUACACGUGCUGCUGCUGCGCCUGCUCCUGCUCCUGGUCUUGGCAGUGCUGCUAAAGGCAGCGCAUCUGGCGCGGAUACGACCGGCGCGAAAUCGGACGGCGUGGGAAGCGCGCUUAAGACAGGUAAUACUAGCGGCGAGAACGCUAAUUCCACAAACUGCGUCGCUAAAAGCGGCGGCAAUGGCGACGGCGGCACCAGCGGGAGCGGGGGUAGCCGGUGGAGGCAGCCGGCUCGGCGCGCUGCGCGCGGGCGAACUGAAGGGCGCACGCUGGUUGGCGGCGCACGGAUCGGCGGCAACGUGGCAGGCGGUGGCGGAAUGGCGGGGCAGGGGGAAGCAGCCGGGGCAGCAGGCGGAAACGGCGACGGGCAAGUGGCCGAGGUAAAAGGGAGUGGUGGCACUAACGGCAACGGCGGCGGCGGGGGGGUCGGGGGUGUGAACGUGGCUGUAGGUGAUUGCGGAGCGAGCGGCGGCGCGUUUUGGCCUUCGGGCGCAUCGGACGAUUCGGACUCGGGAAGCUUCUACGGCCCUGCUGCUGCGGAAUUGGAGACUGCCGCGCGCGCAGCUGCGGCGGCGGAUGGUGGGGGAGGCGGAGCGGAAGGGGGAGGGGGAGGGGGAACAUUUGCGGGAGCUGUAUCAGGGACAGAGGUGGCGGAAGAGAAGGGACUGUUGUUUGGAAGCGCGCGAACCUGGGGGUUUGGUGGUGCGGGUUCGGCGGUGGGGGGAAGGAAGAUUCAACCCACAGAUGCUACAGUGCGGAGUUUUGCGGAGUGGAUUGACGUGAAAAAGGGUAUGGGGGUGGAGAAGGGAGAGGAGGGAGAGGGAGGAAUGCACGAGGGAGAGAAGGGAACAGAGAUUAUGGUUGGGAAUGGCGAGCAAAGCAGCAAGGGAGGUGGGCGGGAAAAAGAGGAGUGGAGGAAGCAGGGAUGGGAUGGGAUGGAGGAGAGAGGAAGUGGAGAGAGGAAGAGUGGUGGUGGGCGUGGGAGGGAGGAGGGGAGGAGCAGCGGUGGAAGCGGCAGCGACAGCGGUGUGGAAGGGGGCAAGGGAGGGGAGGAGGAUGCGACUAAGAGGCUUGUGUGCAAGGUGAAGGAAUCUGCCUCACAUACCGACACCAACAGCAACAAAGACAUGCAGCAGCAGCAGCAGCAGCAGCAGCCCUGCACCCCUAAACCCAGCCACCAGCACAGCACCUCGGUCUCCCCCUCUUCUCCCCUGCUCCCCCCUUGGUGCUACUCUCCCCGCAAGUCCUCACCCUCCCGUCCCUCCUCACUCCCCUCCAGUCCCCGAGCUCCUCCUUUCCUCCUCUCCCCAUCUGCUGGAACAGGAACAGGCGCAGCGGCAGCAGCUGCUGCAGUGAUAGCUCGUACGGUGAUGACCCCCCCAGCUGUGGCAGUAGAGCGAGUGGCGUCUACUGCUGUGCUCUCCCUGGGCACUGUGGAGAUGCCACGCAGAUACGCCUCCCCCAGGGGGCGGAAGGGCAGUGGAAAGAGCCGGCGUGUGCGGAGCAAGCAAGAGGUGAAAGAAGGGACUGAUGCUUUUCAGGCCUCCUCCCUUGUUUCCGGGAAUGGUGCCCUUGUGAUGUUCCCAACCUCUCCGACCACUGGUGCCGGUGCUGCCUUUGCUCCCUUUCCUGCCUCUCCUUCGGCUUCCUCGGCUGGAGGUUUGGAUUCCGAGGCUGCGGCCGCUUCACCGAGCCUGUGCUCACCAGCAGCAGGGAAGGCAGGCGGGAAGGCAGCAGGUGCAGGCGUGGGGAAGAAAAAGGUGCCUGGUCUGAGCAGCAGUGUGUAUGCUGGAAAGAAAGUCUCGCGCACGGCUGCUGCUGCUGCUGCUGCAGUUUCUGAUGGCUUUGAGGGGGAGGCUGUUUCUGGUGCAGGCUGCAGCUCCCAUGCAGAUCAGGUGGUGGAUCAGGGGCCUCAGGGGGCCUAUGGGCCUCAGGGACCACUGUCAGCAGCAAUGGUACUGACAAAUGGAGAAGUGAUUGGUGACGUCGCUAGCGAGCAUAUUUACCAGAAGAAUGAGCAGCAGCAUCAGCAGACGGUGGUGAUGGGCCUGGGGAAGGAGCAGGAAACGCAGCAGCAGCAGCAGGAACAGCAGCAGCAGCAGCAGCAGCAGCAGCAGCAGCAGCAGCAGGAGCAGGAGCGAGUGGUGGAGGAGCAGGUGGAAGAAGGGGGGCAGAAGAAGGGCGGGGGGCACAGGAGGCACGGAAGCAGGUCGCGUGGGCUGUCUCCCCUGAGAGGUAGCUCUGUGGCUUCCAUGCCUAUCAAAGGAGGAGUAGGUGCAGUGUGUGCUGGUGGGCGUGACGAGGAUGGGGAGGAUUAUGAGAGCGACGCGGAGAAUGAAGCGGUUAGUAGCCGUAUGAUGAUGGUGGUGCCGCGGGGUACCAUGGAGCUAGGCCUAGCAGCACCAGGGCCAGCAGCAGGGCUAGCAGCAGCAGCAGCAGCAGUGGCGCCACCUCACAAUGCUGCUCUUUCUGUGGUUAGGCCCCCGUCGCCCCAGCUCACUCUGCUCUCCCAGCCACCUGGCUACCUGCGCUCUCCAGCUCCCAAGACAGGCACUCCUCUUGUUGACCUGCCUCCUGUUAUUGUCACAGACAUUUCAGCUACACACGGUGUGCUGCCUCCCCCCUCCCCCUGCACUCCCACUUCCGGGAGCUUUGGAGGUAAGAAGUCGGAAUUUGGGGGGGCAAGGGUUGCACCAAUGACUCAUUUCCGGGAUGUGUUAUCAGCACAGCAGGUUGGUGAAAAUGUGGGGAAUGUUAAUGCUGGUUAUGGCCAUGGUUAUGGUGUGACAGUGCCUGUGUCACCAACACCAGCACCUGUGCCAAUGGCUUCAUGGAAGUCUAAGGCUGUGGCGUCAUCGCCUGCUACACCGUCGCCGCAUGGGAAGGUUUCAUCGACCAAGUCUGGGCAAUCCACGCCUGAAAGUGGCCGCAAGCAGCGCCUUUCAGCGCUGCGCAAGAUGCAGGGAGCGAUGGAGGAGCCGAGUCUGGACGAGCUGGAGUGGAUGGCGCAGCAGGCCAUGGCGGGCGACGAUGGCGGCGAGGACGCCGACGACUGGCCGUUCGAGGAGCCCCCGGACGACGACUGGCGCGGCCAGACGGCCGGCGGACGCGGCACGGCAGCACCUCCACCGCCACACACAUUCGCCCCCCCACCCCCCGCUGGCGUGCAAGGCAUGGCAGGCGGAGAAAGAGGGAAGGACAGUUCAUGGGGUGAGGUUGUAGAUAAUUCGCGAAUACCUGCUGCGGGCUGGCCUGCGGAUAGGGUUGCUGGUAAGGCGACAGAGGCAGUGCGUGGGGGAGUGGCAGGAGGUGCAGCAGGAGAAGAAGCCGAGGGUCGAGAGGGCAUGGGGGGAAGAGGAGGAGGAGGAGGAGGAGGAGGAGGAGGAGGAGGAGGAGGAGGAGGAGGAGGAGGAGGAGGAGGAGGAGGAGGAGGCGAUGGUGUGAAUUCGAGUAUUCCACAGAAAGCUGCGUUCCCGGAAGCAGCAGCAGCAGCAAAUGAAAAAGCAGCAGUACCACCGCCACCAUCAGCAGCAGCGGCAGCGGCGGCGGCGGCGACAGCCAAAGAUGAGAAGGCAGCACGGCGAGUGGCAGCAGAUGUGGAGGGCGAGGUGAUGCCCGUGACAGGCAGCGAUGGGCAGCGCGUGUACUGCCGUGUCAGAACCAGCCCAUUUGACCGAGCAGACCGAGCAGACCGAGCAGACCGAGCAGAUAGAGCGGAUAGAGUUGAUAGAUCCGGCAGGGAUGGCAGGGACGGGCGAGUGCUGUCUGUGAGCAUAGAGACUCUGAUGGAGCGCGCAGAGCAGGAGCAGCUGCAACGCGCCUUCCGCUUGUCCCACCUCAUGGCCUCCUCCCCCUCCAUGGCUACACCCUCUGCUGCACCCUCUGCUUCUUCUCAACCACUCGCUAAAGCAGCACCGUCGGCAGCAGCGGCAGCAACCCCAGCAGCAGCAGCAGCAGCAGCAGCAGCAGCAGCAGCACCGGCAGCAGGGGCGUCUCUGUGGGUGGAUAAAUACUCUCCGCGUAGCUUCACAGACCUGCUCAGUCCCGAGCCCACCAACCGUGCUGUUCUCUCCUGGCUCAAGCAGUGGGACCGUUGCGUCUUUGGCGCUGCUGCUGCCUCCUCCCGCGCCCGCACUCAUCCGGAUACCAUCGCUGCUCUGCGCCGCCUCCCCCCGCCCGCUGCUGCUGCGGGGACUGGAGGGAUGGGCGGAGGUAAUGGCGUGGGAGCAGGCAUGGGAGGGGAGAGUCUGCUGGGAAAGAGGGUUCGGGCAGAGACAGCAGGAGAUAGACCAGAGGCGAGGAUCCUGCUGCUGUGCGGAGCUCCCGGGCUGGGCAAGACGACACUGGCGCACGUCGCAGCGCGGCACUGCGGGUACCGAGUGGUAGAGGUCAACGCCAGUGACGACCGCGUCGCCUCCUCCCUGCGCCAGCGCAUUGUAGACGCCGUGGAAAUGCGCUCCGUGCUUGCUUCAGCAACUCCUGCUUCUGCCCCUGCUUCUGCUUCUGCACCCUCCUCUUCCGCUUUGCCUUCCAAACCUGGUGGCGCUGCUGACUCCCGACCCAACUGCCUGGUGAUAGACGAGAUUGAUGGGGCCUUCGCAGGAGCUGAGGGGAGAGGCGCUGUGGAUGCUCUCGUGGAACUGAAACAAGUAAAGGGGAGAGGCGGCGCUGUGGAUGCACUUGUUGAACUGGUGCGUUCUGCUGCUGCCUCCCGCUGUCUCUCGCUUUCCUUUGCUGUGUUCCUACUGCUCUCGUUUCCCUCUUACCACGGCAAACUCCCUGCCUUCUGUGUGAACCUGUGUGUCCCUUCGUUCCGCUGUGCGCCUCGCCUCUGUGGCCCUCUGCACCCCUGUGCGUCCCAUGGCAGGCUGAGGCACAUAUGUGAGGCGGAGGGGUUUGAGGCGGAUGUGCGGGGGCUCACUGCCCUGGCUGCACAGACAGACGGGGACAUCAGGGCGUGUCUUAACACCCUGCAGUUCCUACACCGAGCGAACAAGGCACUGCGAGCGUCGGAGGUGGCAGAGCAGGUGGUGGGGCGCAAGGACGCCACCAAGGGGCUCAUGGACGUGUGGAACGAGGUGUUCUUUCCCACUGCCCUCCGCUCGGUCCCCAAGCCUCUCUCUUCCGCACCACCACCAUCAUCAUCAGCAUCAGCAUCCUCACCCUCUCUGCAUUCCUCCUCCUCCCAGCCUGCCUCGCACUACUCUCGCUUUGACUCACUCAUCUCCCAGCUUGGCGGCACAUCAGACACUCUUCUGGAUGGCAUUCACGACAACCUAUUGCACGCUGCUCUCUCCGAUGUCUCUCUGCGCAGGACUUCAUCCUCGCUGCACUGGCUGGUGUGUGCCGACCAGUGGCACCACAGGGCCAUGGCGUCUCAGCAGUUCGCCUUGCUGGCGUUUGAGACAUGUGCCAUGUACGCCAUCCGAGCCACCAUGGGUGCGGCAGACAGACACCCCCUCGAAUGGCCCAAGGCCCAUGCCAGGUACCGCUCACAGCAUGCAGUACCGCUCACAGCAUGCAGUGCGCAAGGAGACAGUGGAGGCAUGGCGGGGUGCCAUGCUACCGGCCAUAGCACGCACCUCUCCCCUGCGCUCCCUAGUGCCGGACCUCGUCUCGCCUCUGCUUUCUGUCAUCUCAGCCACCCCCAUUCGCCCUGUGAGAUUUGCUUUCGCUCCCUCACGCUGACUCAUUCAACUACAUCCCUAUCCCGGAAAUACCUGCUCUGCCCUGAUCUUCAACCACCCACUCCUCCCCCCUCCUUUCCCCUCUUCCCCUCUCCCUUCCUCUCCCCUCCCCCUCCCUUCCCGCUCCCUUUCCUCGCCCCCCUCCCUCUCCUAUCCCUUCUCACCGCCCACCUCUCUCUCUCUCUCCUUCACUCUCUCCACACCUCUGCACUCUCCCACCACCAGGUGGCGGGGCAGUUGCUGACCCCAUGGGAGAAGGCUGCUCUCGCACAGCUCGUGGCCACCAUGCUCGACUACGGCCUCUCCUACCGCCACGCUCACCAGCUUCCCUGGCACCGCCGUGCCUUUUCUGGCGGUGCUGCUGGUGCUGCUUCUGGAGGGGAGGGGGGGGUUGGUGGUGGUGAUGGGUACAUGGGCGGGCCUGUUCUGGAUCCUCCGCUCACAGAGUUUGUUGUGUUUGAGAGACUUCGACCUCCACCAUAUGUCAUGUCAAUAUCUGCAGCAGUGCGCCAGCUCAUUGGCCGAGAGAUUGAGCUUGAGCGCAUCCGGCGGGACUCGGUGCGAGUGAAAUCAGCAUCCACUCCCAAUGCGGCAGCAGCUCCUCAGCUUCCUCCAACCGUUCCUCGUCCUCCUGCCCCUGCUGCGAAUCCUCCUCCUACUACUCCAGCUGAGUCUCAUCAGCAACCGCAAGCUGCUGCGCCGCCGCAAGCUGCCAAUGGUAUCCCACAGAGCAGCAAGGGGAAAGGUACCCAGACUGGUGAUGGUAAGGCCAAGGAGAAUGGGAUCAUUACAGAAAGUAAAGUUGUGAAGCCACAGGAUGCUUCAGGCAGUGCUCAGCAAGAAAGUGACACCAAACCGGCAAGAGUAAAGGAGAUGCCACGACGACCCUUUCGGGGUUUCACCAGGAAAGUGGAACAAGACGGUGGGCUUAAAACUGCUCGUCAACGGAGUGGAGAUGAGGGGUCAGGCAUAAAGAGUGCUGACAACAAAACUGCUGCUGAAAAGGCUAUUCGCAUCUCAUUCAAGUAUCAUGAGGGAUUUACCAAUGCCGUUCGACGACCGGCGCUUUUUUCUGAGCUCCUGUAA